AUGGCCGACUCUGGCUUGCUGCGGUUCCUUGGGGCCAACAAAUCUCGUGCCCAUGGGCUAUCCUCACCUCGGUCCGAACCUGCUCUCAAAGAUCUUGCCAAUAUGAGUCAAAGAGACACCGACGUGCAAGCCCCUCCCGAGAGGCCAAGCAUGACACGCAUGGCGAGCUGGCAGGGUUUGGCCAGCACCGAGCAAGCAACACCGAGUGCUUCGGUCCCUGAGCCCCCAGUCAUCGAGGCAGACGAUGUGGACAAGCUGUUCAUCAACGCAAGCCAGCAGGUCUGGCACAAUCCGUCGAUGGAUCAGAUAGCAGGGGCUUUACGUGCUGCAUUGAUGACGAAUCCUUCAAACCAGUCACUCUCUGCUGAGUACCGCCCUCACAUCUUGUACCUACUAGAGGGGUACAGUAACAUCCACCACAAGAUUGCCAAACUCGAGAGAGACUUGGAGAAUACGAAGGAUGUACUUGAGCAACAAGCUCAGCGACACGACACCAUUGAGGAGCAUUGGAUGGUUCAAGAGGCGAGAUACAAGGCUGAAGUCAAGCGUCUUGAGCUGGUCAUUCACGAAGUGUCAGGCAAAGGCCUGCAAGCUGUAGCACUGGCCAGAGCCGGCAGCCUGAUUAGAAACAAGCCAAGAGCUCUAUCUCAGGAGGGGGUAGCGCCAGGAGGAGAUGCAGCCGAUGACUAUUCUCCAGGUAGCACCCAUGGGGGCUUGCAGCACAAAAGUUCAGACGAAGUAUCACACGGCGAAUUACGAAGCCGGCCUGGCACGAUCCUAACACGAAAGCAAACCAUAGACAUCAGCAACGAGGUCAGGCUGAGCAGGCGUUUCCGACGACUGGAUAAAAUUGCCCUGAAGAAGCGUGCUGAAGGAACUUGCCGAGUAGACGAAGAGAGUGCCAAUCACGGAGAGACCUACGAUGAGCAAGGCCGAGCCGAACAGCCUUUCCGGAGAGAGACCGGCUCCCCAUCGGGUACAAGCUCGUCUGGUGUUGGUGAUGAACCGCCACAGGAAGGCAAAGCCAAGAAGAAGCGGGAUUCCGCCGAAAGAAGAGCAUCACAUGGUGCCGGUAUUGACAAGGCCGCAACGCAGACGUCGCAGAACGACAAGGCUGCAGUACAUGAGCCUAGGAACGAUGACCAGCGGGCGCGUGGUCAUCGUCGCCAGUUCUCGUUUGUACCUGGAGACGAUGGGGCGGCAGUGAGGCUGGCAGGCACAAUGGCGUCACGAAAUACCGCAGUGGCUCAGGAAACCCCCGAACAGACAGCAGCGUUGGGUGAUCAACCGAGGCCACCCCUCUCGACAAAACCGGAGGUCGAGAUCGGCCGAGUGGAUAAGGGCAGGAGGAGUCCUACGGCCGGUUACUGA